AUGGAUAAUACGUAUAAGGUCAACCGCUUUAACAUGCCGCUUCUACAGAUCAUUGGCACAACAGGGCUACACAAGAGCUUCAGUGUAGGCUUUGGCCUCACUGCCAAGGAAGACGAAGGCGCGUUCCAAUGGAUCCUCUCACAGUUGCGUGAGGCUGGUCGGCAGGCUGAUAUUCCGGACCCGGGCGUUGUGAUUACCGACUUUGAUACCGCCCUGAAGAACGCCCUUGACUCUAUCUUCCCAUCAACGCAACAACAAGUGAUCCUCGAUGGCACCGAGAUUGGCGGAGAUAGGCCAGAACAGGAGACUCGCCUCGCUGCAGCAGCCGCUCUCGACGACCCUAUACAGGCAGAUAAUGCCAUUGACGAGGACCGACCUAUCGACCGUGCCACUGAUUACCAGAUUCAACAUGCCUCACAACUGGCAGAUCAAGAUCAGUGGGAUCUACUCUGUAUAGAGUUUUCGGAUCAGCCAGCUCUCGUUAAUUACCUCCGUACAACCUACUGGCCAUGGCGUGCCCAGUUUUCCACCUACGCUAUCCAACAGUACCGAAAUUAUAACAUUACGGUAACUUCCCGUGUGGAGAGCACACAUCACGAGUUGAAGUCACGAUUACGCAACCGCUUCAUUGACCUCCAUCAGCUACAAGAGCACAUCAGAGGGCUCGUUACCCAUCGGCAAAAGAAGCAUCGCGAGAAGCUUCAAUCCGAGUUUGCAAGAGCUAGAGUUGAAUGGGCCAAGCAGACGAUUAUGAAGUCACUGCACCGAAAAAUUGGCUGGCAGCCGAUGAAACAGAUCUUCAGGCAAGUUAGGCUAGCCGGCUGA